AUGGCACCUCAAAAGCAGCCCGAACGCCUCAAGCACGUUGCCGAAAAGGCAACCUCCUCCAACCCAUCGCAGCUCGGCGACCCCAUCUCCCUCAAAGCUGAAGUCUCCCAGCUGUCGCCCACGGAAGAAGACCUCGGCGCCGCCGCAGAGUCGAAACCCCACUCGCCCCAGCAGUCAAAGGCCGGCAGCGGCCCCGCGGGCGGCGCCAAGAACUCGGACGGCUCGCCCGUGCAGGACUACGACAAGAGGAGGCUGAAGGAGGUCGCCAAGGAGAACCUGGAGAGCGGGAACCCGUCGCAGCUGGGGGAUCCGGUCAGUCUCAAGGCGGAGACGAGCGAGAAGGAGCCGGCGCCUGGGAAGGCUGAUGGGCAGAGGCUUGAGAAGUCCAAGUUGUGA